AUGUUUACCAAAUGUUUACCAAAUGUUUACCAAAUGUUUACCAAAUGUUUACCAAAUGUUUACCAAAUGUUUACCAAAUGUUUACCAAAUGUUUACCAAAUGUUUACCAAAUGUUUACCAAAUGUUUACCAAAUGUUUACCAAAUGUUUACCAAAUGUUUACCAAAUGUUUACCAAAUGUUUACCAAAUGUUUACCAAAUGUUUACCAAAUGUUUACCAAAUGUUUACCAAAUGUUUACCAAAUGUUUACCAAAUGUUUACCAAAUGUUUACCAAAUGUUUACCAAAUGUUUACCAAAUGUUUACCAAAUGUUUACCAAAUGUUUACCAAAUGUUUACCAAAUGUUUACCAAAUGUUUACCAAAUGUUUACCAAAUGUUUACCAAAUGUUUACCAAAUGUUUACCAAAUGUUUACCAAAUAUUAACCAAAUGUUUACCAAAUGUUUACCAAAUGUUUAUCAAAUGUUUACCAAAUGUUUACCAAAUGUUUACCAAAUGUUUACCAAAUGUUUACCAAAUGUUUACCAAAUGUUUACCAAAUGUUUACCAAAUGUUUACCAAAUGUUUACCAAAUGUUUACCAAAUGUUUACCAAAUGUUUACUAAAUGUUUACCAAAUGUUUACCAAAUGUGUACAAAAUGUGUAUCAAAUGUUUACCAAAUGUUUACCAAAUGUUUACCAAAUGUUUACCGAAUGUUUAUCAAAUGUUUACCAAAUGUUUACCAAAUGUUUACCAAAUGUUUACCAAAUGUUUACCAAAUGUUUACCAAAUGUUUACAAAUUGUUUACCAAAUGUUUACCAAAUGUUUACCAAAUGUUUACCAAAUGUUUACCAAAUGUUUACCAAAUGUUUACCAAAUGUUUACCAAAUGUUUACCAAAUGUUUACAAAAUGUUUACCAAAUGUUUACCAAAUGUUUACCAAAUGUUUACCAAAUGUUUAUUAAAUGUUUACCAAAUGUUUACCAAAUGUUUACCAAAUGUUUACCAAAUGUUUACCAAAUGUUUAUCAAAUGUUUACCAAAUGUUUACCAAAUCUUUACCAAAUGUUUACCAAAUGUUUACUAAAUGUUUACCAAAUGUUUACCGAAUGUUUAUCAAAUGUUUACCAAAUGUUUACCAAAUGUUUACCAAAUGUUUACCAAAUGUUUACCAAAUGUUUACCAAAUGUUUACCAAAUGUUUACCAAAUGUUUACCAAAUGUUUACCAAAUGUUUACCAAAUGUUUACCAAAUGUUUACCAAAUGUUUACCAAAUGUUUACCAAAUGUUUACUAAAUGUUUACAAAAUGUUUACCAAAUGUUUACCAAAUGUUUACCAAAUGUUUACCAAAUGUUUACCAAAUGUUUACCAAAUGUUUACCAAAUGUUUACCAAAUGUUUACCAAAUGUUUACCAAAUGUUUACCAAAUGUUUACCAAAUGUUUACCAAAUGUUUACCAAAUGUUUACCAAAUGUUUACCAAAUGUUUACCAAAUCUUUACCAAAUGUUUACCAAAUGUUUACUAAAUGUUUACCAAAUGUUUACCAAAUGUUUACUAAAUGUUUACUAA